CCAAGCGAACGAGCGCGGGGGAAACAUCCGCCCGGAAGGCCACUUGAAGGCACUUCCGCCCUCUCUUAACAUGGAGCCGGCGGAAGGGGCGGUGUAGGGCCGGGCGAUAAUGGCGGCGUCGAGGCUGGAGCUAAACCUGGUGCGGCUGCUAUCCCGCUGCGAGGCGAUGGCAGCGGAGAAACGGGACCCGGACGAGUGGCGCCUGGAGAAGUACGUGGGAGCCCUAGAGGACAUGUUGCAGGCCCUGAAGGUCCACGCGAGCAAACCGGCCUCUGAGGUGAUCAAUGAAUAUUCCUGGAAGGUGGAUUUUCUGAAGGGGAUGCUGCAAGCCGAGAAGCUGACCUCCUCCUCAGAGAAAGCACUGGCCAACCAGUUCCUGGCCCCUGGCCGUGUGCCAACCACAGCCAGAGAGCGAGUGCCCGCCACAAAGACGGUGCAUCUGCAGUCACGGGCGCGGUACACCAGCGAGAUGCGGAGUGAGCUACUAGGCACGGACUCUGCAGAGCCUGAGAUGGACGUAAGGAAGAGAACUGGAGUGGCAGGGUCCCAGCCAGUGAGUGAGAAGCAGUCGGCAGCUGAGCUAGACCUCGUCCUGCAGCGACAUCAGAACCUCCAGGAAAAGCUGGCGGAAGAGAUGCUAGGACUGGCCCGGAGCCUCAAGACCAAUACGCUGGCCGCCCAAAGUGUCAUCAAGAAGGACAACCAGACCCUGUCACACUCACUGAAAAUGGCGGACCAGAACCUGGAGAAGCUGAAGACGGAGUCAGAGCGUCUGGAGCAGCACACGCAGAAGUCAGUCAACUGGCUGCUCUGGGCCAUGCUCAUUAUCGUCUGCUUCAUCUUCAUUAGCAUGAUCCUCUUCAUUCGAAUCAUGCCCAAACUCAAAUAAAGACCCCCACCCACCU